GAAUUUUGAGACAGGAUGUGGGCUGGCAAGCAAAACUAAAACAUGGUAUAUAGGAUCUGUCAAGUCUUGUAACUUGAUGAAACUGAACUUGAAGACAUUCGGGAAACAUGUAUUGUGCUGUGCUGGCAAUGGCACACAUGGUUUGGAGAUGUUGAAGUUAACCUGAAAUAUUUGUGAUCUCAGAGCAAAAAAUGUAUUCGGAAGAUUCAAUUGUAAUCUUUUUGUGUGCAAAAAAUCAAAAUAAUACAUGGAAUUCACUUACUGUGUGUUGGAUGACUGAACGGCGGAGGAAGUCGUCUUGCAUCUGACGGACUUACUUGACAGAUGAAUGCGAUGGCUGUGCUAGGAAGAAUGACAUGUUACGAAGACAGAUGAUACACCAGACUCGUUUCUUCCCAGUCCGAACAGCAUCGUCAUAGAACCAUUGCCUAGGAAGGAGGCAGUGAGAUCAACAUGAAGCGAGUUGUGGCCUUUGGGAUCGUCUGCUCGGCAGCCAUCUUGUUUUUAGUGGUUGCGUACAGCAAGCUCUCAGAGGAUGGACUAAUACGAAGAGGUCUGACGCUAACCACCAGCAGCGGUAGCACCAAGGAAUCCUUCCUAUAUAGAAACCAUGAAGGCUUACUCUCAAAUUUAACUUUUCCAAAGCAUCCAACGCUUACAUCUGCUGAGGCAGUUAUCGAUGAGGCUUCGUCUGAUGUUUCUAGUUCCGUUGAUGAAGGAUUCGUAGAUAUUGCUAAUAUUCAGAAGGAGGUGAAUGAAGAAACGACUAAAAGGCAGAAUGACAAUAAACCUAUUGUUAUUGUAGUAUUGGCUCAAAUGAGGACAGGGUCGUCUUUAGUCGGAGAGAUUUUUAAUCAGAAUCCGUCAAUUUUUUAUAUGUUUGAGCCGCUCCAUGCCGUGGAUAGUUUUAUUCGUCACCAUUCUGCAGCAGCACUUCGGAGGCAGGGACUCUCUAUUUCUCUCCUAAGUAUGAUCACCAAAUGUAAAUUUACUCCAGAAUUUAUUGACAGUUUAUCAAAAUGGCCACUUGGAAAGGCUAAAAGCAGUGGAUUUCUACCUAUAUGCAAAGCCAGCGAUGGUUGUAGACAUGCCUCGCAUUUUCUCAUCGAAGAAAGAUGCCAGGCGUUUGGAGGUCGCAUCGGCAUGAAGACCAUUAGGGCUGAUUUGAAUAUGCUGAAACCGCUUGUUGAGAAGGACAAGGUCAAUCUCAAGGUCAUUCACCUGGUACGAGAUCCCAGAGGAACUGCUAAUUCCCGUCGGUCAUAUUACGGGGACAGGCGAAUGAGACAGCAACAGAUGUCCAGAAAGGGUAUGUCCAAACCCCAUGUGCUUCCGCAGAUGUCUUUGAAAACCCUUGGACUGCUGGAGGAGAACCCACGGUAUCAUGUCAACACCAUCAGCAAGUACUGUAAAUGGAUGAGUGAGAACAUCCCCUUGGCCAGGUCCCGACCCUCGUGGCUGGAGGAUCGCUACAUGUUUGUUCGCUACGAGGACCUGGCGUUGAAUCCUGUCACCGUCUCAGAGGAGAUCUAUGAUUUUGUAGGACUCACCAUGCCCCGUGUCAUCCAGGAAUGGCUGCGCAACAAUACCAAUCAGAAUAAUUACCAAAACAGAACCUUUGGCAUGCAGAAGAACUCCAAAGAGGUCAUGCAGAGCUGGCGCCACUCGCUACCUUACGAGGAAGUCGUCCAGGUCCAGGACAUCUGUGGGUCAGCUAUGGCCAUUAGUGGAUAUAAACAAGUGCAGAGGCCAAGCGACUUGAUGAACAUGUCUUUUAAUACAUUAGAACCUCUAUUUUAGGAUGCCAGUAAGUUUGGUGCAGCUGUGAAAAAGACAUGCUAUGAUUGGUAAUGUGUUGAAUUGCCAUGGACAGAGUGAGCAACUUGCCAUUUUAUAGCUGCCCCCCCUUAUCUCCCUUUUUAUAGCUCUUUGUAGCUGUUUUGUUUCCCUCAUGAAAAAUGGCUAGAAAACAAUUUUCCUU